AGAAGAAAGAAGAAGAAGAAGAAGAAGAGUGCAUCUUUAGCGCCACCUGGUGCUCAAUACAGAAGUGUGCAGACAACAUGGCGGCCCCCGUGAGGACUUUGUGCUGUUCAGUGUUGAGGCACUCCAGCAGGCAGUUCAGCACAACAUGUGGAGUACAGGCUGGAGAGAAAUGGAGGAAAGAACAUGGACUUUCCCGAAGCGGCACAGAAUAUGGCCCUCUGACAGAUCUGCCUGAUUGGUCCUUUGCCGAUGGGAGACUGGCACCUCCAAUGAAGGGACAGCUAAGAAGAAAGCAAGAGAGGGAAGUUUUAGCAAGACGUAUCGUGAUGCUGAACUCGGAGGUGGACAGAGGGAUGGAGGUGUGGAGCGAAAAACAGGAAGAAGCCAAAAGAAUGGAGGAGCACAAAAAGUCUCUUUUACUCAAACCUAAAGGGAAGUUGUUAAUGAAGAAAAAAUCUAAAAGUUAGAAUUAUCAUUGUAAUCAUGUUGCCAUGUCCUUAUUCUGAACAAUAUGUUGAUGUCAGUCUAUUGAAUAUAUUUAUGAGGACUUGUGGGUUUUCCCCUGCUUUAUUGUUUGUGUUUUUCACUAUUAGUGGAUUUCUGCAAUAAAUGUUAUGAUUUAUACUUUAAAUAUGAA